CCACCACCACCACCACCACCACCACCACCGACAUGCCCACCAUCUCAGAUCCGACCCGUCUCCUUGCCGCCCUGCCCACCCUCCGCCUACUGACCGAGGCACAGGCACGGAUCACUCUUGUCUCACAUCUUGAGCUCGCAUCGUUGCUCGCUGGCGAGGCAAAGGUCUCGUUUGCAAACGCCUCGUCGUGCGUCUCGGCAGAGGCGGCCACCGCCCGGGAUCGACUCGGGCCGGGCGAGAUCGUGGUGCUGGAGAACACACGCCUGCAUCCUGGUGAGACGGUCAACGAGCCGGCUUUUGCUGCUGCUCUAGCACAUGGCGCUGACCUGUACGUCGGUGAUGCCUUUGGCGCCGCGCAUCGCGCCCACGGCUCGACGGUCGGCGCUGCUGCCGCCGCCCGCCACGCCGUCGCCGGUCUGUGCAUGGAGGACGAGCUUGCCGCGCUGCUCCCGCUAGUCGACAAGCCGCCCAAGCCAUUUACCGCCAUUCUCGGUGGGGCCAAGGUCUCGUCCAAGCUCCCACUCAUCCGGGCGCUCCUCCCGCGGGUCGACACCCUCAUCGUCGGCGGCGGCAUGGCGUACACCCUGCUCGCCGCGCAAGGCGUGCCGGUGGGCAACUCGCUCGUGGAGCGCGAGCUCCUUGCCGACGCCGCAUCGCUCGUCGACGACGCCGCCGCUGCCGGCGUUUCGCUCGUCCUCCCCUGCGACGCCGCCAUCGCUGAGUCGAUCUCGGCUGCCACCGUGGGCGACGUUGUCGACCUCGCGCCGGGUGCCGGCAUCCCGGAUGGAGCCAUGGGCCUUGACAUCGGCCCGGCCUCGCUUGACCUCUUUGCCGCUGCCCUCAAGGGCUCGCAGGCAGUGCUCUGGAACGGGCCCAUGGGCCUCUUCGAGUCACCACCGUUUGCCACAGGCACCGCCGGCCUCGCUCGCCUCCUCGCCGACCUCCGCUCGGAUGACCCAUCGGUGGUGACUGUUGUCGGCGGCGGCGACUCGGUCGCUGCCGUCGCUGAGCAGAACCUCACCAGCGCCUUCUCGCAUGUCUCCACAGGCGGAGGCGCCACCCUCGAGCUGCUGCAGGGCAUCGAGCUCCCGGGCGUGGCCGUUCUCAGCAAGUAGGCGACCCAGCUCAUGGGCGCUGUCUCCACCAGAAAACCAGCAGAUACACAG